GUUGGAUCCCCUGCAUCUUCAGGCUUUCCGCAUUCCGCAUUCAUUGAAUUCAAUCCCUUAUCCAAUGUUCCGCUGCUACCAUUGUCCAUGCAACCAACAUCAUCAUCGUCAAUGACUACAGUUUCAACCGAAUUCCUGUCGCAGACCCUCCCACUUACUUCCAAGCGCGCGUGGCAUCCAAACCCCAACACUCUCGUCACCUGCAGAAUCCCUCUUCUCAAUGAAGACAACCCCAGCAAGCGAAGAAACAACAAGGGUCUCGCUAGGGUCACUUCCUCCGACACAAGGCCUCAAAAUUACGACUUUCGAGACACCCAUCACAUGAAAGCCCUCAACAGGUUGUGCAAACUGGGCAAGUGCACCGAAGCUCUCUAUUUUCUUGAGCAAAUGGUGAAGAGGGGUUACAAGCCCGACGUAAUUCUCUGCACCAAGCUCAUCAAGGGCUUGUUCAACUCCAAGAGAACCGAGAAAGCGGUUCGGGUCAUGGAGAUUCUCGAACACCAUGGUGACCCUGAUGCUUUUGCCUACAAUGCAGUCAUCAGCGGCUUCUGCAGAAGCGAUAGGUUCGAUUCCGCAAAUGAAGUGCUUUUAAGAAUGAAGAAUAGAGGCUUCUCCCCUGAUGUUGUUACUUACAACAUUCUCAUUGGGAGCCUUUGUGCUAGAGGAAAGCUUCACUUGGCACUCAAGGUUAUGGAUCAGUUGCUGGAAGAUAACUGCAACCCCACUGUGAUCACCUACACUAUCUUGAUUGAAGCUACUAUUAUCCACGGUGGCAUCGAUGAGGCCAUGAAGCUUUUGGAUGAGAUGAUGUCACGAGGGCUUCAACCUGACAUGUACACUUACAAUGUCAUUGUGAGGGGCAUGUGCAAACGGGGGUUGGUGGAUCGUGCGUUUGAGUUUGUUUGCAAUUUGAGCACCACACCAAGUCUGAACCUUUACAACUUGCUGCUGAAGGGUCUUUUGAGUGAGGGAAAAUGGGAAGCUGGGGAGAGGUUGAUGUCUGAUAUGAUUGUCAAGGGUUGUGAGCCGAAUGUUGUGACGUACAGCGUUUUGAUUAAUUCGCUGUGUCGUGAUGGCAAAGUUGGGGAGGCUGUGGAUGUGUUGAAGGUAAUGAAGGAGAAGGGGUUGAACCCUGAUGUUUAUUGUUAUGAUCCGUUGAUAUCUGCGUUUUGCAAAGAGGGGAGAGUGGAUUUGGCUAUAGAGUUCGUGGAUGAUAUGAUAUCUGAUGGUUGGUUGCCUGAUAUUGUCAACUACAACACGAUCAUGGGUUCUUUGUGUAAGAAGGGAAGAGCUGAUGAGGCUUUGAAUAUCUUCAAGAAGCUUGGUGAAGUGGGUUGUCCUCCAAAUGUGAGUUCUUAUAACACUAUGUUCGGUGCUCUGUGGAGUAGUGGGGACAAAAUUAGAGCUUUGAGAAUGGUUUUGGAGAUGUUGAACAACGGUGUUGAUCCUGAUAGGAUCACCUAUAACUCACUCAUAUCUUGUUUGUGCAGAGAUGGGAUGGUGGAUGAGGCCAUUGGGUUGUUGGUGGACAUGGAAAGGAGCGACUGGGAACCUACGGUUAUUAGUUACAACAUUGUUCUUCUUGGGUUGUGCAAAGCGCACAGAAUCGUUGAUGCCAUUGAGGUGCUGGCUGUCAUGGUUGACAAUGGAUGUCAGCCAAAUGAAACUACCUACACGUUGUUGGUGGAAGGGAUUGGGUUUGCUGGAUGGCGAAGUUAUGCAGUGGAGCUGGCUAAAUCCCUAGUUAGUAUGAAUGCUAUUUCUCAAGAUGUAUUCAAACGUUUACAGAAGCAUAACCUUUUCCGUUCUGUACAGUGAGCUCGCUUUACCAGAUCACUCUAAGUUCUUGGGCAUAACACUGAUUUAUUCGGGUCUUCUAAUUGGGAUUUUUGUUCAGCUCAAUUUAAUGUUUUAUUCGCAAAUUUACUGCUUUGGGGGUGAAUUUUUAAGGGCAGAAAAAUAUCAAACGGAGAGAGUCAUUACUUCUGAUAAAGGUGUUAUAUUAACACUCAUUAUCGAAUCUCUGUUGUUUCAAGUGUGCAGAGUUUGUACCUAAUUGUUAUCUGAUGACUUAUAAAGGAAAUUUUGAAAUCUGUCAA